AUGACUGAAGUUUGCCCUGACAUCCCUGGUGAUUUAUCUUUAAAAGAAUCAAGGGAGAAGUACGAGUGUUGGCUCGCUGCCAACAACAAAGCCAAGGCGUACAUGCUAGCUAGCAUGUCGGACACGCUUAGGACAAAGCUGGAGGAUGUAGAAACUGCCUAUGAAAUCAUGGAGCAGCUUCAGGAAAUGUUUGGACACAAAACUGGACAAUCUCGUUUUGAGGCAACGAAGAAGUAUGCUAAUGCCAGGAUGGUGCCUGGAAUGCAUAUUCGUGAUCACUUCAUCAAGAUGAUGAACUACUUUCAAGAGGCAGAAUUGCACGGAGCCACCAUAGACAAGGAAACUCAAGUGGGGCUUAUUCUUGCUCCCAAUUUUCUUCCAUUCACCACCAACUACUUACUGAACAUACUGAAGUACGGAAUGACUCAACUCAUGAACGAGCUUUAA